AUGGCGAUGCAUUCCGCAACCAAUCGCCGUGCCCAGUCGGGCGGGUAUCUUCCCAUUGAAGACUAUGGCAUGGUGGGCAAUAUGCACACCUGUGCUCUUGUUGGCCUUGAUGGGAGCAUCGACUUCAUGUGCUGGCCUGAUUUUGAUUCGCCGUCUGUCUUCUGUCGCCUUCUUGACAAGAACAAGGGAGGCUAUUUCAGCGUCUCUCCGCCUCAUGAUCUCGGCUGUACCACUAAACAGCAGUAUCUGCCCUCCUCGUGCAUUUUACAGACCAGAUACAUUCACGAGGAAGGUGUCGUCGAUGUCGUGGACUUUUUUCCUAGGCCCAAGAGCGCCAAAGUCAUGACCAAAGGCUACAAGCAGAAUGCCUAUCGUGAGGCCAUGACUGUGCAAGAAGAGUUGAAGAAAUGGACCGUCCGGCGUGUGGAGUGCAUUCGUGGAUCCUUGCCCGUAGAUGUUGAAAUAUUCCCUGCGUUUGGCUAUGGCUUACACCCCCAUGAGACAACACUUUUACGGCCCACACACACAUCGGAGGAUCGGGAAAGCAAGAUCGGGACCUUCCACAGCCAGGAUGUUAAGCUUCAGCUUGAUGUAGCCGUCGACAUGGGGCAUCAUUAUCCAGACAUCACUUUUCAAAAAGUCAAGAAAGAGGCCAUGCUUGGAGAGGGCUUGGUAUCUCGUUUUACUCUCACUGCUGGCCAAUCCAUUUCAUUCAUUUUAAGGAAUGACAUCCCCGAUCAUAUCGCCGAAGUUAUCACGGACGAAAUCGUGGACCACCAACAGCACGAUACUCAGAUGUUCUGGUACAACUUCAUCACCCAGUCCAAAUACAAGGGGCGAUGGAGAGAGGUGGUGGCUCGGAGCCUUAUGAUUUUGAAGUUACUAACAUAUGAGCCAACCGGCGCCAUCAUUGCCGCCCCUACCUUCUCCCUACCCGAAGACAUAGGUGGCGUGAGAAAUUGGGAUUAUCGUUUCUCAUGGGUUCGGGACUCGAGCUUUACUAUUUACAUUCUUCUCCGCCUUGGUUUCAAAGCUGAGGCAGACGCCUACAUGGAAUUUAUCAUGGAGCGCUUCACUCAAUCCAUAGGACCAGAUGGUGGAUUGCCCAUCAUGUUCACCAUUCGUGGGGAGACUGACAUCCCUGAGAUCACUUUGGAUCACUUUGAAGGCUAUCGAGGCAGUGCUCCCGUCCGCAUUGGUAACGGCGCUGCUUUCCACCUUCAAUUUGAUGUAUAUGGUGAAUUGAUGGAUUCCAUCUACUUGUACAACAAAUAUGGAAAGCCAGUGUCUUGGGAUAUUUGGUGUGCUGUUCGGCGAAUGCUAGAUUAUGUCUUGACCAUUAUAGGUAAAACCGACAUGUCCAUCUGGGAAGUGCGAGGCGAAAAGCAACGGUUCACCAUUUCACAAGUCUUCCUCUGGGUGGCAUUUGAUCGCGGUCUUCGACUUUCAGAAAAGAGAUGUCUCCCAUGCCCCAACAGGGCAAAAUGGCUGGAAGCCCGCGAUAGCAUCUAUGAAGAGAUUAUGGAGAAAGGAUACAACGAAGAGAUGAAGUCAUUCAUCCAAAGCUAUGAAGCUAAUACCGUGCUGGAUUCGUCCAUUUUGCUUGCGCCUCUUGUGUUCUUCAUUUCCCCAAGCGACCCUCGCUUUACAAGCACGCUCGAUCGAAUUAUGCUGCCACCAGAGGAAGGAGGAUUAACGAGUACUGGGCUGGUGUAUCGAUAUGACACUGAUGCGUCAGAUGACGGCGUUGGAGGAAGAGAUGGAGCCUUCUCGAUCUGUACGUUUUGGCUAGUUGAAGCCAUGACCCGCGCGAGUAUCCACGAACCCAAGUAUCUCCCACGAGCUUUGAACCUUUUCCAGAAUAUGCUCCAGUUUUCGAACCACCUGUCCAUGUUCUCGGAAGAGAUCGCUCGAAGUGGCGAACAGCUAGGCAACACACCACAGGCUUUUAGCCACCUGUCGCUUAUCAGUGCGGCGUUCAAUCUUGACCGCGUGUUUGAAGGAUGGCAAGAUUCUCGCUGA